CGAGGACCGAAAUCCAUGAUUGGCUUUUUGACAUUACCCGAGGGUAUUAUAGUCAAACUAACCCUGCCCGAGUACCGUAAAAAAACCCUAGACUUCAUCCGUUGGGUUUCUUUCAUUUUCGCUCUACUCCCUCGUCCUUGUCGCUCCGGCCGCUCCAGCCAUGGCUUCAGAGAAGAAGCUCUCGAACCCAAUGAGGGAGAUUAAAGUCCAGAAGCUUGUCCUCAACAUCUCCGUCGGAGAAAGCGGAGAUCGUCUCACCAGAGCCGCGAAGGUGUUGGAGCAACUUAGUGGCCAAAGCCCCGUGUUCUCCAAGGCGAGAUACACUGUGAGAUCAUUUGGGAUUAGGCGUAAUGAGAAGAUUGCGUGCUACGUCACGGUUAGGGGUGACAAGGCAAUGCAGCUAUUGGAGAGUGGAUUGAAGGUGAAAGAGUACGAGCUGCUCAGGAGAAACUUUAGUGAUACGGGCUGCUUUGGAUUUGGUAUUCAGGAACAUAUUGAUCUCGGGAUCAAGUAUGAUCCUUCGACAGGUAUUUAUGGUAUGGAUUUCUAUGUUGUUUUGGAGCGUCCUGGUUACCGUGUUGGUCGUCGUCGUAGGUGCAAAUCUCGUGUUGGGAUCCAGCACAGGGUCACAAAAGAGGAUGCUAUGAAGUGGUUCCAGGUCAAAUACGAGGGUGUGAUCCUUAACAAGGCUCAGACCAUCGGUGGCUCAUAGGCAUGAAGUACUCUUGGGUGAAAGCGAGUGAAGUUUUGUUUUGGUAGAACAGCCAUGACUACUCUUUAUUUUUCAGUUUACCUGUCAAAGAGUGGGUUCUUGACCAGUAUCUGUUACCCAUUUGCCCAUUUUAAUAUUUUUUUUUUCUCCCGCAGUUGUUCUUUGUGCCCUUUCAUAUCAAGACAGUUUAUCUUUAUUUUUUGAAGUUGAGAAUGAAUGUUUCAAGCA